GUGCCGCGCAAGUAAGCGUCAAAAGUAGCUGAGUUGAGUCGAGUCACUAGUUAGCUAUCAAGUUCCAAGCUUAAAGUGACAUUACCCAUUAGGCAGCCACGUGAAGAGGGCAUCAACAUACUUCUUUCAUUUCAGCUCUGAUUGUGUCGGCUGAAUUGUUUGUUUCACUUAACUAUUAAAAAAGCAAGAACAUCUCAAAUCUAUGCUAUGCCACCUACAAUGCAUCAAUACACAACUGGAUCAGGGUCUAACAAGUCCUCUCUAGAGGAUGAACUCCGGGGGCUUCUUCAGAAGAGGAUUAUGAUCCUAGAUGGUGGCAUGGGCACAAUGAUUCAGCAGAGAAAUCUGGAGGAGGACGAUUUCAGGGGUCAAGAGUUCAAAGACCAUUUGAAAAGCCUGAAGGGGAAUAAUGAUCUUCUGAGUAUCACCCAGCCAGAGAUAAUCUACUCUAUACACAAGGAGUAUCUGCUCGCUGGAGCCGACAUGAUUGAGACGAACACAUUCAGCAGUACAAGUAUCGCACAAACAGACUACGGCCUGGAGGAUUUGGCAUAUCGCCUCAACAAAGAAUCAGCAGAGGUGGCCAGGAGGGCGGCAGAUGAUGUCACUGCUCAGACAGGUUCCAAAAGGUAUGUGGCAGGAGCCAUGGGUCCCACCAACAGAACUCUCUCUGUCUCUCCGUCUGUGGAGAGGCCGGAUUACAGGAACGUCUCCUUUGAUGAGCUUGUGGAAGCUUACACUGAACAGGCCAGGGGGCUGUUGGAUGGGAAAGUAGAUAUUCUACUAGUUGAGACCAUCUUUGAUACAGCCAAUGCAAAGGCAGCUCUAUUUGCAAUUGACAAACUUUUUGAAGAGUGCUACGAGCGAAGACCAUUAUUUAUUUCUGGGACCAUUGUGGACAAGAGUGGCCGUACUUUGUCAGGCCAGACAGGAGAGGCCUUUGUCAUCAGUGUUUCUCACGCAAAGCCUAUGUGUAUUGGUUUAAACUGUGCACUCGGAGCUACUGAAAUGAGGCCGUUUAUUGAAGCCAUUGGGAAAAGCACUACAUCUUUCAUCAUUUGUUAUCCCAAUGCAGGUCUUCCUAAUGCGUUUGGAGGGUAUGAUGAGACUCCAGAGUUAACAGCAGCACAAUUAAAGGAAUUUGCUUCUGAUGGGCUUGUGAACGCUGUUGGAGGUUGUUGUGGAACGACGCCUGCUCACAUACGGCGACUCGCUGAAGCGGUUCAACACUGUCAGCCCAGAGUUCCUGCCCUCAAUGUUUUUCAAGACUACACACUGCUAGCAGGUCUUGAGCCUUUUCGUAUAGGUCCAUAUACAAACUUUGUCAACAUUGGUGAGCGCUGCAACGUGGCUGGAUCACGCAAGUUUGCCAAGCUCAUCAUGUCUGGCAACUAUGAGGAGGCGUUGAGCAUUGCUAAAGCUCAAGUGGAAAUGGGAGCCCAGGUACUGGAUAUCAACAUGGACGAGGGCAUGCUGGACGGUCCCGUGGCCAUGGCCCGCUUCUGUAACUACGUUUCUUCCGAGCCUGAUGUUGCUAAGGUGCCGUUGUGCAUCGACUCGUCUAACUUUGCAGUGAUUGAAGCGGGGCUGAAGUGCUCUCAGGGGAAGUGCAUCGUCAACAGCCUGAGCUUGAAGGAGGGGGAGGCUGAGUUUCUGCAGAGGGCCAACCUUGUGCGUCGCUAUGGAGCUGCACUUGUUGUCAUGGCAUUUGAUGAAGAAGGGCAGGCAACAGAGACUGAGAGGAAGGUGGAGAUCUGUACCCGAGCCUACCAUCUCCUGGUCAAUAAAGUAGGCUUCAAUCCCACUGACAUCAUCUUUGACCCCAACAUCCUCACCAUUGGUACAGGCAUGGAGGAGCACAGCACCUAUGCCAUCCACUUCAUCAAGGCCACCCGAUGCAUUAAGGAGUCUCUGCCCGGGGUCAGAGUGAGUGGUGGCCUGUCCAACCUGUCCUUCGCCUUCAGGGGGAUGGAGGUGAUCAGAGAGGCCAUGCAUGGAGCCUUCCUCUACCAUGCCAUCAAGGAUGGGCUGGAUAUGGGCAUAGUCAAUGCAGGCAAUCUGCCUGUGUAUGAUGAUAUUGACAAGGAAUUGUUAAAACUUUGUGAGAACCUCAUCUGGAACCGUGACCCAGAAGCCACAGAGAAGCUACUUGUUUAUGCUCAGACCGCCGCCAAAGGAGGGAAGAAGGUUGUGCAAACGGACGAGUGGAGAGAAGGGAGUGUCGAACACAGGCUGGAAUAUGCAUUGAUAAAGGGCAUUGAUAAAUACGUUGUUGAUGACACUGAGGAGGCACGGGCCAACUCUGUGCUCUACCCCCGCCCUCUCCAUGUGAUUGAGGGGCCCCUGAUGACUGGCAUGAAGGUCGUGGGGGAUCUGUUCGGAGCUGGAAAAAUGUUUCUGCCACAGGUGAUCAAGUCUGCUCGUGUGAUGAAGAAAGCUGUUGGCUAUUUAAUCCCCUUCAUGGAAAAGGAGAGACAGGAAAUGAUGUCAGACUCUUCAUUUGAGGACAUAGAUCCAUACCAGGGCACUAUUGUGCUGGCUACUGUAAAAGGAGACGUCCAUGACAUUGGGAAGAACAUUGUGGGUGUUGUGCUGGGAUGCAACAACUUCAGGGUAAUUGAUCUGGGGGUAAUGACUCCUUGUGACAGAAUCCUGAAGGAGGCAAUAGAGAAAAAAGCAGAUAUCAUUGGUCUGUCUGGGCUCAUUACUCCAUCUCUGGAUGAGAUGAUUCAUGUGGCUAAGGAGAUGGAACGCCUGGGAAUGCACACACCCUUGUUGAUAGGGGGCGCUACCACAUCUAAGACUCAUACUGCUGUAAAGAUUGCCCCACGUUACAGUGCCCCAGUCAUACAUGUUUUGGAUGCGUCAAGGAGUGUUGUAGUGUGCAGUCAACUCCUCGAUGAGAAUUUGAAAGAAGAGUACUUUGAGGAAAUUUCUGAGGAAUAUGAAGAUGUCCGGCAAGAUCACUAUGACUCCCUGAAGGAACGCCGCUUCCUGUCCCUCACUCUGGCACGGGAGAAAGGCCUACACAUUGACUGGCUGGCUCAGUCUAGACCAGUACGUCCACGGAUAAGCGGCACACAUGUCUUUGAGACAUAUGACCUACGGAAGCUGGUGAGCUAUAUCGACUGGAAGCCCUUCUUCGAUAUCUGGCAGCUGAGAGGCAAAUACCCAAAUCGAGGCUAUCCCAAAAUCUUCAAAGAUAAAACAGUAGGAGAGGAGGCCAGAAGAGUAUUUGAUGAUGCCCAGAAACUGUUAGAUAAGCUCAUCGAUAACGAAGAGCUUUGGGCCCGAGGACUGGUGGGUUUCUGGCCAGCUCAGAGUGUGGGGGAUGACAUCCAUGUGUACGCUGAGAACACUGGCCCACAUAACAGCCAGUCUAUUGCCACCUUUCAUGGGCUUCGCCAGCAGGCUGAGAAAGAUUCGUCAUGUUCAGACCCUUACCUCUGUCUGUCUGACUUCAUCGCCCCUAAAGCCAGUGGAGUCUCUGACUACAUUGGACUCUUUGCGGUGGCAUGUUUUGGUGCUGAGGAACUGAGUCGGACAUUUGAGAGCCAAGGCGAUGACUACAGCAGCAUCAUGGUCAAAGCACUAGCUGAUCGGCUAGCUGAGGCUUUUGCCGAAGAGCUCCAUGCCAGAGUUCGUACGGAUUUGUGGGGAUACUCCACUGAGGACCUCCAGGCUGCUGACAUGCAUAAGAUCCGCUACGCCGGCAUCCGCCCUGCAUCUGGGUAUCCCAGCCAGCCAGACCACACAGAGAAGAUCACCAUGUGGAAACUGGCUGAGAUCCAGGAGAAGACGGGUAUUCGAUUGACGGAGUCUCUGGCUAUGACUCCUGCUGCCGCUGUCUCCGGCCUCUACUUCUCCAAUCCAAAGUCCAGCUAUUUUGCUGUGGGCAAAAUCACCCAUGAACAGGUUGAAGACUAUGCCAAGAGGAAAAGCACACCAGAGGCUGAAGUGGAACGCUGGUUGGGCCCCAUCAUCGGCUAUGAGACGGAUUGAUCCACACCUGCUGCCGUGGUUCAAGGGUCCCCUCUUUCCAGUGUUUACACAAUCCUCAGGACUUCCUCAGGAUCAGAGGAGCAAUUUAAAUCAUUUCUUUUAUCAAAUCUGAUUUAUGUCUCUUUAACACGAAAAGAAUCUCACUGGUUUUUUUACAAAACAUUUCAGUUAACUGUGCUUUAAUUGAGUAUUGUCAUGGAGAAUCUCUGGUCCUAUCUCCAUCUCUUCUACUGCAUGUGGUAUUCGUAUACAAAUACCAUAGCAUUAACAUAGUGCCUACCUCUAGUUUAACAUAGUGCCUUCGGCAUUGGUCAAGGUACAGGUCCCUGAUUAUGUACAGUGCUGUACAAACGUAAUGAUUCAUGUAUAUAUUUGUAUACAUACAGAAUGUUUCAUAAAGACAGUAAGUCAGUUACACCAAAUUUUGACAUCGAUUUCAUGAUAAAAAUGACUCAUGCCUUAAAAUGACACAUCUCUUCCUGUAGGAGGCAAUGGAUUGAAUAAAUGUAUAUUUUGGUGCA